AUGUUCGGCUAUGGUGCAAGAGCAAGCGCUGAGACUAGCAGUCCCUCACCAGCAGCGUUCGACUACGACCUUUAUGACAUGGCAACUGAAGAGUCUCAGCCUAGUUUGAUCGGUGGUGUUGGGAAAAUAUGGAAAGACUUCAGAGAAGUCGCGUGGAGAGCCCAAGUAGAGAUCGCUGAAUUUUGCGAGGACAUUGAGAGAGCCGUGUCGUUGUUCUGUUGGCGAGAUAAGGGCCUUACUCAUAUUAUGGCUAUGGUCCUUAUAGGAGCAUGCGUUGUUCUCUACUUCGUGCCCGUAUCACUACUACUCUACUUUUACGUCUUAAGUAGAUUUAUGAACGGUUUCAGACGAGGGCGUUGGAAGAAGCUUCUUAGGAAGUGUGCGUUGAGGCACAUCUCGGAAUCACGAAUAGAGAAUAGAAUUCCGCCGACUACGGCUCUAUCUGAGCUGGAUUCGGUACAAGCUCAGAAGAUGUGUUCAUCACUGCGCAGACGGGUUCACGUCGGGCAAGCGUUGUCGGUGAAAGUGCUUCAGUCGUAUGAGGAGGAUGAGGCUUUAGCUGACUGGCUGAGGGAACAGGUCCCUGGGUGUAAACUACCACCGAAGUGGACGAGGAAGGACUGGCUUGACAACUUCAUUGAGCAUGCUCCUACUGGAGAGGAUACGGUAUCGGCUAUAAUGUCGGAUAAGUCAUCCGUUGUGAAGCCUCGAGGGUAUCUCCCAGACCGAAUUCAUAGUAGAAGACAACACAGUGUGAGCAGCGUGAGUGGAGUGCCGAGUAAAGAAGACUUCCACGAUGCGUAGCUUUAUUAUU